CAGAGAAGGCUGACCCAGGGUGUUGAUGAUCUUGACUUUUUUAUUGGAGAUGAAGCCCUAGAUAAACCUACCUAUGCUACAAAGUGGCCUGUACGACAUGGUAUUGUGGAGGACUGGGAUCUUAUGGAAAGGUUCAUGGAGCAGGUUAUUUUUAAAUAUCUUCGGGCUGAACCAGAAGAUCACUACUUCUUAAUGACUGAACCACCUCUGAACACUCCUGAAAACAGAGAAUACCUUGCAGAAAUAAUGUUUGAGUCUUUUAACAUCCCAGGGCUUUAUAUUGCUGUUCAGGCAGUGCUAGCUUUAGCUGCAUCUUGGACUUCACGGCAAGUUGGGGACCGAACUUUAACAGGUACAGUUGUUGACAGUGGUGAUGGUGUAACCCAUGUAAUUCCAGUGGCAGAAGGUUAUGUAAUUGGCAGCUGCAUCAAACACAUCCCUAUUGCAGGUAGAGAUAUUACAUAUUUCAUUCAACAGCUCCUAAGGGAGAGGGAGGUGGGAAUUCCACCUGAACAGUCAUUGGAGACGGCUAAAGCCAUAAAGGAAAAAUAUUGUUACAUCUGCCCUGACAUAGUAAAAGAAUUUACCAAAUAUGAUAUGGAUCCGCACAAGUGGAUAAAGCAAUACACGGGUAUCAAUGCAAUCAACAGAGAUAAAUUUAUUAUAGAUGUUGGUUAUGAAAGAUUCCUUGGGCCUGAAAUCUUUUUUCAUCCAGAGUUUGCCAGUCCAGACUUUAUGCAGUCCAUUUCGGAUGUGGUUGAUGAAGUUAUACAGAACUGCCCUAUUGAUGUUCGGCGUCCCUUAUAUAAGCAAAGCUGGCCCUGUGAGGAUGCAAUGAAGGAUGAUAAAGUGAGUUCUCCAUCCGGAAGUAGCCCUAUUCUUUUCAAACUUAAGGGGCUCUGAUAAGCAUCAUUUCGGUCUCUAUCUGCCUUUUUUUUUCUUCCUCCAACAUGUUAGCCCCCAUUUUAAAUAGUAACUUAUUUUGGAAUUGCUGUUAGCUGGCUUUGCAGUCACACAGUAGGAGGUAUAAACCUAUGGGAGGAUCAAGUGCAGCAGAGAUGAAAAGAAAAGAUAAGAAAGGGGAAGAAUAUUAAAGAUUUGGACAGAAACCAUAGCAUGCAUUUAAGCUCUCUGUUUACUGUCAGAUUAAAAAAAGAAAACUGAGGGAUUAAGGAGGCGGGUGGUUGGAGUGAUUAAAUAAAUAUUGAAUCUUAUGUCCCUCACUAUGCCAAGGGCAAUUGUAAUAUAGAUUUUGGCUUUCCUAAGUCAUACUAUGUUGGCUGAAUAGAUCAGUGGUUUAAAUAUCUGUCUGUGGAGACAGAG